AUGAACAUCUCAAAUCAUUUAGAAGACAAUCUGUCAAGUGAGGUGGCGCUCCUCAACCCGAACAAUGAAGACGUUUCGUCAACAGCCGCUAAAGUAUUCAAAAUAAUACCGCUCUUUUUGGUGAUGACGACAUCAAUAAUUUGCAAUACCAUUGUGUUACACGCUGUCUACGCGGAUAUUCGUAUGCAAACAGCCACCAACAUGCUCAUUGUGAGUCAAAGCCUGGUGGACUUCGGGACAAGCGUUCUUGUAAUGCCAGUUGCAUUGAUUUCUGUAGUUUACGACGGAUGGGUCUUGGGCGAAAAUUUCUGCAUCGCUAACUCGUUUUUCAACUUGUUUUUCACGCAAACAACUGUCAUGCAGUUAGUUAUCAUCGCGUUCGAUAGAUAUUUAGUAAUUGUGAAACCAGGAACCCGCGCUAUGAAAUUAGCCGAUGCCAUAAGACUAGCAAUGUUGGCUUGGGGCUUGGGGUUUUUUGGAGCGUUUCCAUGGCUACUCUUAUCCAAUGACGUCAAGGUUGAGUACUUUCCGGGUUUCUACACGUGCGGACAAAGAUAUCAACAUCCUCUUAGUGGCUUAGCACUAUUCAUUAUUGUUUCAACGAUACUUCUUUUUGGAAUGCUACCAUUAUUUCUGAUAGCUUAUUGCUAUUACCAAAUUUAUAAGGUCACUCGUCUGACCCGCCACAGUGUAUCUCCAUUAGCACUUUCCAACGCCCAAACGUUAGCGAUCAACGUUUACGCUAAGUCCACCUCGACGUCAAAAUUUGUCAUAGGUACAAGCUUAAUUCAAGUUUUUCCAGCGUGUUUUCUGAUGCUUUUGGACGGAAUGGGAGUCGGGAAUAUCCCACAUAGCCUGAGAGUUACUUUUAAGUGGAUAAUGUGGUGUCACUGCAUUGUAAAGCCCAUGAUAUAUGCCUCAAAGAGCCCAACAAACAUAGCUCGAAAAUACAUCAAUAAGCUUCCCUUAAGUUCGUCAAACUUCGGAGUUAAGUUGAAUGUAGCAACGAUUUCGAUGUUUGCAAAUCGCAUGAAACUUUACAGACUAUCCACGAAACGUACAAAUGGACACUCGUUGGAAAACAAAGGGCAGAUCAGUAAAUCGUCAACAUUGACAGCAGAGCAAAGGACCGGGCGGCCUAGAAUGUUAAUCACAGCUAGACCAGCGUGGAUUAUUACUGGGGAAGCAGGCGAAUUUUCGGUUUUCUAG